GCUUCUUUUUUAUUAUUAAGCUCUGUCGCCCCCAACCAAACCCUCCCUUCAAUUCAAACAAUCCCUCUUUUCUUCUUCUUUUUUAUGUACAUCUUCUUCUUCUUGGUUGUAUCUCAGUGACAAGAAAUAUGGUGACAUCUCUACUGUUACUAGCCCUUCUUUUUAUAGCUGGCUUCCUUAAUGUUUACUUUUAUAUUUCCCGCAAGAAGUUUCAUGCAUGGCUUCAAUCUUUCUCCCCCAAAACCUGUUCAUCAGCAGGAUCAGUGGUGUCAUCUGGUCCCAAGGCUGCUACUGAAGAAAAGAGAGAUUCAAACAAGGUAGUGGAGCUGAAAAGGGUUUUCGCCACCUUUGACAAGAACGGUGAUGGGUUCAUAACGAAGCAAGAAUUGAGGGAAUCACUCAAGAACAUCAGGGUGUUGAUGACGGAGAAAGAGGUUGAAGAUAUGGUAGUGAAAGUAGAUGCUAAUGGAGAUGGGCUGAUCGAUUUCGAUGAGUUUUGCAUCUUAUGUCAGACCAUGGAUGGUGGUACUGAUGCAAGUGGUACCAUAUUAAAAGAAGAUGAUGGGAUGAAUGGAGAAGAGGAGCUGAAAGAGGCUUUCGAUGUGUUUGACAAAGACAAAGAUGGGUUGAUUUCGUUUGAGGAAUUGGGAUCUGUGCUGUGUUCUUUGGGGUUGAAAGAAGGGAACAAAAUGGAAGAUUGCAAAGCAAUGAUAAGGAAAGUAGACAUUGACGGUGAUGGAAUGGUUAAUUUUGAUGAAUUCAAGAAGAUGAUGAGAAGUGGUGGAGGACUAGUUUCUGUUUCUGCCUUCUAGCUACUAAUUUUAACUUCAUCAAAUCUUCCAAGUAAGCCCUUUCCAUCUCUCUCUUGCCCCCAAUUCCAGGUAUAGUCCCUCUAUUAUGCUAAAAUUUAGAAUUUUAUCCCUCCACUUUAAUUUGGUAUAAUUUAACCCCCUCUACUUUUAAUAAUGACGUUAGUAGCUCCAAAUUAAUAACACCAUUAAUGGGUGCUAUUAAAGUAAUGACAUAAAACUUUUUCAAAUAGUUUUAAUUAAGCAUUCUAUUGACAUAACAAUAAAAAAAAGAAGAAGAUGAAUCCAUGUAUCACUUUAAGGCAGCUAUUAUGAUGUUAUCGAUUCUGACGACAUUAUAAAAGUAAAUGAUGAGAUCAUAUCAAAUUAAAGUAAAGGGGUUAGAUAUCAAAUUUUAGCAUAAUAGAGGGAGUAAAUUCAUAAUCAGACCAUGUACGUGAAGAUAAUUGGUACUUAACCUUCAAAUUUGUUUCUUUGUUUGACACAUGAGUAGGUUGGAUGUUGUCACCAACAUUAUAAUCCUUUAAUUAUCAUUUCACAGUUGGUUGAACAAGUGUUUGUAUUUGUCUAGGUUUUAGUACUUGUGCCUGUAUAUACGAAUAUACUGUAUCUGUACAUAUAUAUAGCUAGCUUGAAUGAAGGCUUCCAUUUUGACCCUUUUCUUCAUCAA